CCAGAUCAAUUACGGAUCCGUACUUCAAGGUUGAUUAUUGGGCAACUCGUCAGCUCGUGCGCCACAUAACCUGGUACGUACCUUGAACUUAAACUCAAAAUUUACAAGGGCUUUGAAUUUCUCUAGACCUCAUUAACUGCAUAACAAGAUUUUAUACUCGAUUAUUAUGUUUCCGGUAUAAUACAUCAUCUAGGUACUUCAUAUACCUCCAAACAUGAUAACAAAUAUCAAAAGGAGAAAAGAAGAUGCACAUCGGCCCGUCACUACCACUUAGAUACGAGAUGAAGUCUUCAAUAGCAUCUCAAGUUGGUGAGACUAACUUCAACCCGAAACAUGCUGUAUCUUGGCUUGAAGAACAGCCCGAAGAGCUGCAAUUAUGGCAAGUUAUGUUCGAAGAGCUUCUCAUAUGCGCUGAAAAGCCAAGGCAAUAUUCUGGAAACGCUUGCGUGAAACUACAUGGUUUCGUUGAGCAAUGCUCUAAGUCUUCUAAGCCCGCACUACGAAACUUUGCUUUUGCGGAGGGCACAGCCAUAAGACUUUUCGAUUUUUUCAUGGAAUGGAAUGAAAAAGAUUCUCAUAGAUCCAUGAGGCUUGUUCUGGAUUAUCUUGCAUAUGCGAUAUCUAACAAUCCCAGAUCAGAAGUUGGUACCGCCGUUAAGGCGACCAUAUUGAAUACGACCAUAGCCACUAUUACGCAGCAGGCAUCCCGGCCGUCGGUAAAAUCAGCUAUGGUCGUCUUAGACUGUUUCAUUCAAAAGAAAUUAGUAUAUUUAUCAAGCGUCUUAGAGCUUUAUAAAGAUAUCCACAGUCUACCUCCAGAUGAAGAUGUCUGGGAUGCUUUCGUCACCAGCAUCUUUGCUUGGAUGGAAAUGCAUUACUUAUGCCAUGUAGUUGGAAACCUUCUCGUUACCAUCUUUACUAGCUCGUGGUAUGAGGACAAAGAUGUCAAACAUGAACCCAACACAUGGCAUAGGUUCAUAUAUAGGGGCUUACAGAUAAAUCUUGAUUUUCUCGAGCCAAUUAAAUUUUACGUUUUCGUUCAGCUGUUCAAUGUUGAUAGACCAGGCUCUCUACUGUAUCUUCGCCACCUAUCGUCGCUUCAAAGGCUCACAGCAAAGGAUAGCAAAGGUUGGGAUCUCAAUUCGAUGCUAUGGCUUGCCAUGCUUGAAGCGGGAAAGAAGGUUGGGGUGGUGGAUGAACCCGGCCGCGAACUAGAACAGGGCUCUCAGCCUGGUUUCCAACUUCAAGCAGACGUACUUGAAAGUGUCCUAUGUCACGACUUUCAAGAAGCGCGUACAUCAGCUGUCUCACUUCUCAUAGCAUCUCCAUCUACAACAAAGCCAUACACAGCAGAAGCCCUCGAUUUACUUAAGAAAUAUCUGCCGUCGUUUUACGAGGACCCUGACCCGAAAAUGCGUUAUGAUGUCCUCGGUCAUUCGAGAAAUAUGAUUAAACGCAUUCAAAAUACUAUCGAGUCGUUACGGCGAGAAGCUGACCGGCUCUCAAAGAAGAUGAACAAGGUAAAAUCUGGCAAGCCUAAACCUAGGCUGUCUACGGAGGCAAUCAACGAAGGUCAGCUAGACCAGCGUCAAGACGGUGCAGUUAUGAGACUAAAUGCCGCAUUACGCCAGCAUGAGGACUUUGUUUCCUGGUAUGUGGGCUUUCUCAAGAAUGAAUUGGCUCCUACCACAUCCUAUCAACGACAUAUAACGGCCCUGAAGGCCAUGGCAUUCAUAAUCAAGCCAGUUUCGUCCCAUGGGAGCGGCAUACUUACUCCUUCUGAAUUGAGUACCUUGCUCAUUGAUCCAACAUGGUUCCGCUCUAUCCUGGAUCUCAUUAUGGACCCAUUCGAUGAUGUGCGAGAGACUGCUGCCUCCUUAGUGAUGGCUCUUUCGCCCGAAACUGGACACCCAAACCUGCAGAGGCAAAUGAACAAACUGGGGAAAACUCCUAUGGAAGAGUUGAGGUCUUUUUGCAACAAGGCGGACGAGCUUGCUCGGCGAACUGCCCGUGCCGACCACUCCGAUGGUGCCGCUCGCUCGUUUGAGCUUCUCUGUCGCUGGAGUACGAGCUCGGAAGAACGGAUGCAAAUUCCCCUUGAGGUUCUCUCGAGCCUGGAAACUAAACUCUCUGCCGCCGAACAAGACCUCGCCAAUGCGGUAUUACAGGCACCAGUACAUGGCAGUUUUGCAUCUCUGAGAUAUAUAUGGAACUCAUUCUCGAGUAUGAAAUUCUCUAAGGAGGAUCUAGAGGCCCUAGCUGAAAUACAGGAUCGUGCUGUUAUAUGCUGCCAGAGAAUAUGGCAGACGGUACGACAUGUUCUCUGUGAUGAUUCUCCGGAGGGUCAUUUGCCGGAAGAGCUUGAAGAGGUGGAGGGGCUGGAUACCAAAGACUUGCUUAGUUACAGCUUUCGGGCAAUUCACGAGUCAAGCAAUUUGAUGCGUGCUAUCGCGAGCAACGCCAGCCAUCAGAGCCCGGGGCUCCUAGCCCCUUCAAGGGCCAACUUCGAGACAAUCGGAAUGCUCACGUUUGAUGAACUAUCAAAUUUGCGACAUAGAGGAGCAUUCACAACAGUAUCCCAAACGUUUACUAGCUGUUGUCAGCUCGUGAAAUGGUUCCCCCACCCUUCAAGUGACAAGCCCGGUUUCUUGGACCAGUGGUAUGAGGGAGCAUUGGCCUGUAUUCACACCCAAGCCUCGACCACUCGAAGAUCAGCUGGUAUUCCAGCUCUUAUCGUAGGCAUACUUUCUUCUAAUGCGAGUCGCCCAUCUUUUGAAGAGGUAAUUCGUAAUCUACAAGACAUCGGUCGCCGACCUGCGCUCGCGUCGGAGACUGAUGGGUCAAACUUACCGCAAGUACACGCUUUAAACUGUAUCAAGGAUAUAUUUAAGAGCUCAUAUCUGAGCAAAAGAGCAGAACCGUAUCUCACUGACUGCCUUGAAUUGGCAGCAAGCAGUCUCAAGUCUGAAAUAUGGGCGAUUCGGAACUGUGGUCUUUUGCUCCUGAGAAGUCUUAUCGAUUGCCUCUUCGGCACAAGCGAGAGCAAAACAUCAAUCGAAGCAGGAUGGGAUGGGCGGACCGUCAAGAUAUCGUACGCUAAAUUCAAAGCUCUUCCGGCGCUCCUCGUGAACCUCCUGGAGACGGGCCAGCAGUCAAGCGGCGUCCUGAUAGGGACGCAGACAGCAGAGUCUGUUUUUCCGGCGCUAGAUAUCAUACGUCGCGCUGGGCCACCCGAGGAAUUUCGUGACAGGCUUUACAGCAUUAUUUCGUGGUAUUUAGGAAGUCAUAUUUGGCACGUUCGAGAAAUCGCCGCUCGUACAUUAUGCUCCUUUCUCCUCAAGCCUACCUGGCUUGAUUCUAUUGCCGAUCUACUGGCCGGUUCUAAGACCUCCAAUAAGCUACACGGGGUCCUCCUAACAUUGAAGUUCUUGAAUGAGAGGCUUUCUGAAGUGAUGCCUGAGCAGCUUUCAGAUGCCAACAUUCGUAAAAUGUGUACCCUGCUUGAAGAACUAGUUUCAAGAAAUGAAAGUGUUAGCACAUGUCCGGAGACAAGGGCAGUCUACAUUGAAGUUGUCAACUUCAUAACAGGUAGAUUGAACACGACGGAAAAUGCAGAACAAACAGGCCCCGCUGUUGAAUCCCGGAGUAUUUUACCUUCCUGGGUCUUUGAACCCAACAAUCAACCUGGCGGGAGAAUGGUACCCUCAGCGCUGCUAGAUAUCAGACUUGGACAAGCAGCUUUAUUACAAGCUGUACAGCAACCUAGCAGAAAAACAGGCGAUGUAUUGAAGCAGCUUCUAAUAGCAUCUCUGGAAGGAGACGUUAAUGUCGCCUGCUCUAUCCUAGAGACUAUGUCUUCUAUCGAUUCAUUACAGUCUAUCGAGGCGCAAGGAAACCUCAUCAACACAUACAUACAAGUAUGUUUAGAAACUGACGCUCCAGAGCCGCGUACAAUUGCUUUGGAGAACAUGGCAACUCUCAUUGAUAGGGCACUUUGCGAUAAGUCGAUGGGGUUGAACCAUCUUCCCGCCAACGAGGUCAUCACGGAGCUCUGGACAGAUCUUCAUGGAAAACCCAUGAACCCUAGCUUAUCAGAUGCAAUCGUCCGCGUAAGCGGUCCGUUGCUAGCAGCUUUAGUCCUAAGAUCCGAGGAGAUAACCCAGAGCGAACUGGAACCGUGGCUUAGAUCCUGGGGUGCGAUGAUGAGCGAAGCGGGGAUGGCGGAUAGGACUUUCGAUACCCGCAUGGCUGCUGUCAGCGCCAUGAACUCGUUCUCAAACAGCAUCGCCUCCAGAUUUACCUCAACUAAUACCAGCCCUGGUUCGGCACACUUACCAUGGCUCAUAGCACUAUACGACGCUCUCAACGACGACGACGACGAAGUCCGCGCCGCAGCCGCCUCGGCAGCAACACCGCUACUAUCGAACCAGCACCUCGUAUCCGUCGAAGCCGGACGGCGGUUGUUACACUGGCUGUCGGCGCAUUACGGCGACGUCGACGAGUUCAGAGCCCACGUCGUGUGCCGCAUGACCGGAAACAUUCCCUCCCUGUCCUUAUCCUUGCCUGGAUCAUCUCAUCCGACGCUAGAACAAGACCUUGCCGAUUCUACCUCUCCGAUCGCCAAAACCUUACUCCAAGGCUGGACCCCGCCGGAGGCCCAACUCGCGGACGCCAUGCGCUUUGACGACUCGCUGUUCGUCGUCGAGGAGCAGAAUUUAUACGUGGACGAGGUGCGGGAAGCCUACCGGUGGAGCAACAUCUUCUCAUCCCUUCCGCCAUCGUCGUCGUCGUGUUCUUCUUCCGAAGCAGCAGCAACAAUAACAACAGCGGCUCUAUCCCAAUGGUGCCUAUCCGGCCUGGACGCGCUAUCCCGCAUCGCGGUUGCGCAGGGCGUAGACGGCCCGCUGGGCUGGACGUCCAAACCCGAGGUCUUCGCGAUCUGCGCGCGCGUCGUGAUUGGUGGCGUCGCCGCGCUGGCUACUACCGCUGCGGCUGGAGGGGGAGAUGAACGGGUUAGGGUUGGAAAGGCGUUGAGGAGGUUUAGGGAUGAGGGGCGGCGAGCGGAGGUUAGUGGGUUGUUGUUGGAUAUGUGUGGCGUAGGGGAGGUAGAUGCGUGAGGUACUACUACAUAGUAGGUAGUGGUGUUGAAAAGGGGUGGUGAUGUGAUGUAUCUUAGUCCUUCCAUCCUUCCAUCCUGAAGGUAGCACGCAGUUUACGCAUAUAAGAAUCCCGAAAU